CAGUGAACUUUUGAAAUGACAUCGGUGUCCUCAAAACGAUACAAAAGGGUGAGGCUUUGUAAGGGUGUUUGCGUACUUUGACGUCAGAGACUUCUGCUGUUCUGCACUUGUGCAUUGCUUUUGGUUUGCCCGACUUUUCCCCUUCGAAAAAUGCAUCGUCUGAAAGCUUGAGACCAGAGUCUACUUCUCGCUGUAAGGCGCGGAUUGCAGAGACGAGAGAGAGAGAGGGAGGAGGUGGAGAUGGGGGAUUCAAAGGUGGAGACAAUCUCGAGACUAGCUCAGUGGAGGAUCGACAACUUUGGACCCUGUUCCUUCAAAAAGUCCGAUCCAUUCAAGGUCGGAAUCUGGAACUGGCACUUAUCUAUUGAGAAGAAUAGGUAUAUGUAUAUUCGUCUAUUUCCGGAGCCCUCCAGAGCUUCAAAAGAACAGCCUCCUAUAGCUAGAUUUGUUCUCCGCGUCUCCAAUUCCGCCGCCUCCAGGAGGCCGUACAUCUCCCCUAUUCAUGAGAGACUGCUUCGGACCAGUGAUGACUUUGUCUGGCCUGUUGAUUCCACCUUUCAUGGCCGCUUCGUCAUUGAUGUCGAGUUUCUGGACUUGAAGAUAUGCCCAUUGAAUGAAGGUGCUUCCUCUGAAAUAUAUAGUAGAGAAGGUCACAUAUCACUGAAGUCCAAGUGGCUUUGUGCUAAAACUCAGGGUGGGGAAGCCAGCUCAAUAUGGCCCAGUGAUGGAGUGAUGCAAUCUCUAGCAGCUCAAAGCACUCUUCGGUGCCUCUCUCGCAUGCUUAAUGAGGCAAUCCAUGCCGAUGUCACCAUUAACACUGCUGAUGGCACUCUAAGAGCUCACAAGGCAAUUUUAUCAGCAAGUUCCCCUGUGUUCCAAAGCAUGUUCCUUCACAACCUCAAGGAGAAGUCGUCCUCUACAAUCGACAUAGAAGACUUGUCUCUGGAAUCUUGCAUGGCUCUACUUAGUUACUUGUAUGGCAACAUAAAACAAGAGGAUUUCUGGAAGCACCGGCUGGCACUGCUGGGAGCGGCAAACAAGUAUGACAUUACAGACCUAAAAGAUGCCUGUGAGGAAAGCCUAUUGGAAGACAUCAACUCCGGAAAUGUCUUGGAGAGGCUGCAGGAAGCAUGGCUUUACCAGCUUAACAAGCUCAAAAAAGGAUGCUUGAUGUACUUACUCGAUUUUGGUAAGAUAUAUGAUGUUAGAGAGGAAAUGAAUAACUUCUUCAGGCAGGCUGACAGGGAACUGAUGCUGGAGAUGUUUCAGGAGGUGCUUACAGUUUGGAAACCAGCUUAAAAAUUGUUACCCACAGUGUCUUCUCUAUCACAAACUGUCUAAUGGUGGUUAUUGUAUAUAUGCAUAUAAUGAGGAUGCUUAGCUUUGGUUUAAAGAUCUUGCAAGGUUGAACGUGGAUGAGAGUAGUCCUAAGAAUCUAUAAUAUCUAUUGAGGGAUGUUAUUUUCUAUGUAAUCAUCCUAUUUAAACAUCAAUUGGUUGGGUAUUUUGAUGUUGAAAUACUAUUUAUGAGACUAAGACCCGUUUGA